GGGCAGUAAGCGGAAGAGCGAGCUGAGGGGAGGAGCGGCGGUCGGCGGUUCCGGGUCGGUUUAACGGGCCCUGAGGGAGCCGCUUGCGGCCUCGGAGCGGUUCUAAUCCGGCGGUGCUCGCUCCUGUGGGUCCCGGAGCGGUUCUAACCCGUCCGGUGCUUGCUGCUGUCGGCCUCGGAGCGAUCCCGGCCCGUCCGGUGCUCGCUCCUGUCGGUCCCGGAGCGGUUCCGACCCGUCCGGUGCUUGCUUUGCCCUCGGAGCUGUGAGAGGAAUGUCGCAGAGGAAGCGUAGCAGAGGCUCGGGUGCUUCCCAGGCAGACGAUGUGGACGAGGAUUUCAGCCUCAGCCCCACGCUGCCCCGCAGCCAAGUGCAGUGGAACCUGGAGAGGCGCUCCCAGGACCAAGUGAACCAGAAGAUCAGUGAGUUGGUUCAGUUCCUGCUUGUCAAAGACCAGAAGAAGAUCCCCAUUAAGAGAGCAGAUAUCCUGAAGAAAGUCAUCCGGGAAUACAGAGAUGUCUCCUCAGAGAUUAUCAACCAGGCAGGCAGGACCCUGCAGCAGGUGUUUGGGCUGCAGUUGGUGGAGAUCGACACCAGGCAGCACAUUCACAUCCUCACCAGCACCAUAGCCCGCACCAACGGGGAGAACCUGCGCCGGGACAACCAGACAGCAAAGCUGGGGCUCCUCAUGGUCAUCCUCAGCUUCAUUUUCAUGAAGGGCAACUCAGUCAAAGAUGGUGCCGUGUGGGAAUUUCUCCGCAGGCUCCGCAUACAACCAGGGGAGCGCCAUGAGGUCUUUGGGGACGUCAGGAAGCUGGUGACAGAGGAGUUUACACGGCAGAAGUACCUGGAGAUCAACCCCAUUCCCUUGACGGACCCCCCUGAGUUCAAGUACCAAUGGGGGCCACGGGCAGCCAAGGAGACCUGCAAGAUGGAUGUGCUGCGCUUUGUGGCAAAGAUGCAAGGGAAGGAUCCCACGUUCUGGGUAAGCCAGUACAAUGAGGCUAAGCCCACCCAUUGACCCCCCCCCCCCCAAUAAAGGUGC